CACCACAUCCAAAGCAAAACCUAAGUAAUUAACCAUGGCCAAGCUUUUCCAAACCCUAAUUCCAGUGCUUUCCUCCAUAGCCUUGCUCCUUGCCACCGCUAACAUGGCGCGGUCGCAGACGACCUCCUUCCAAUAUGAUUUCUACGGCCAGCAGCCGACCGACCUACUGUUACAUGGCGACGCUCACUUCCCUUCCGACUCCACCUACCUCCGCAUGACCAACACCGACAGCUCAGGCAACCCGUUGCAAUACCGCGUUGGCCGAGCCGUGUAUUCCAAGCCGAUCCAAUUUUGGGAAGCAGGAGCUCAGGUCGACCUCGAAACCACCGUAAAAUUCAUCAUCAACCCCAAAAGCGGCGACUCAAACCCCGCCGAUGGCUUCACCUUCUUCAUCCAGCCCGUUGGAUCCCCAGUCGGUUUCACCGUCGGCAGCUUUGGAAUCUUUGACUCAUCCGGUCAAAAUCCGUCCGUCUUUGCCGUGGAAUUUGACAUCUUCGUUAACGGCGGAGUGGAUCCGAAUUAUCGUCAUGUUGGGAUUGACAUUGGAUCAAAUGUUUCCAAAAACACAACCAACGUCGGCAACGCAUUUCUGGGGCAGGAGGUGACUGCCCGUAUCAACUACCAGCAAGCAACCAAAUUGAUCAGCGUUCAAGUCACGGCAGCCUCACAAAGUUUUGAAGUGAGCUAUAUGUUCGACUUGAGCACCAUUCUCCCUCAGCAGGUUGAGGUCGGAAUAUCCAGUGCCACCGGAGGCCAAAUCGCCGUUCACGACCUCAUAUCGUGGUAUUUCACUUCCACUCUUGUGCUUACCAGUGCCAACCGUGAAUUGGAGGAUGAUCACAUUCGCCAGUAUGUGUGAUUUUCAUGGUAGUAUUGUAAGCUAAAUAAGGACGUUUAUAGGUCCAAAAAUAAGGCUAAUGACCGUCUUAUUGAUGUAUUAUGUAUCACGUCUUUAUCAGCUUCACUACCAAGAUUGGAAUGGAAUCAGUUUGUGUGGUUUUGUUA